AAUGACCUGCUAUGAUUUUCAACAGAUUUCUUCCAGUAUUGAAGACAAGAGCUUUGCUAUAUCCUGUUUAAUAAUAAUGGCUAACUGUUGUAUGUGCUGUGGAGGGAAAGGAACAGCAGGAGAGGAAGGUACUAGAGACAGUGUCGAGAGAGGGAGAGAGAGGAAGCGAGGCAGAGGAAGUGGACUCAGAGUGAGCAACAAAGACGGGGACAGGAACCACAGAGAUAAAGAGACAAAAGAGAAGAAAGAAAAGAAAAAAAAGGAGCGAUGGAUGAAAGAAAAGAUAAUACAAAGAAAUGGAAGAAUAGAACCCAGGAAGAGGCUGGAGGAGAAACUAAUACUAGAAGAUGUGAAGAUGGAGGAUCUGGAGAUGGAAGAGGAGAUAAAGAAAGAAAAAGACAAGAUAAGCGAGAAUGAAGAGGAUAACAUUGUGAAGAACCAGCCAUCUGUAAAAGUGCAGGACUCUGGGAGAGGAGGCAGGGUACAAGGGGGCGACCCACAGCUCUGGAGCCCUCUGGAGCAGCCCGAGAAGGAACAAUCUCUUGUAAUUAUUUGUGAAGACAAAACCAAACCAAACAAACAAAAUGAUUCUUCCAUCAAUAUUAAUAAAUCACUUUGA